GUGACGUAGUUAGUGGUGGGCGGACGUAUAUAUCACGCGACGUUUGUUUUGAAAGUAGGACAAGAUUGGGGAAGUCGUUAAGACAGCAGUGUUACCUAACUAUAACCAGAAGGCAGGAGCACCGGAGUCCAGUGAAUUUGGGGGAUAUGAAGCUUUGCAGUAAAUGUUGUGUUUGUUCUCAGUGAAGACCCUGAUGACUAUGGAAUAAUUGUGUGUUUCCUCCAUGGCAACUCCCCUUAUUUCUGGGCCCAGAGCGGUGUCAUGGAUGAAUUAUUUUUUCCUCUAUGAUGGAUCAAAGGUAAAGGGAGAAGGAGACCCCACAAGGCAUGGGAUUAAUUACUUCUAUCCCACUCAGACAGUUAUUGACCAGCAGGAGUUGCUGUGUGGACAGAUAGCCGGAGUUGUUCGCUGCCUGACUGAGAUAUCCGGCUCUCCUCCCAAUCUUAUUCGGUUACGAAAACAAAAAUUUGCAAUUCAGGUGCAUGGGGAGUAUUUGUGGGCCCUGGGAUGCUCGCUGGAUGUUUCUGAUGUUACUUGCAAGUGUUUCUUGGAGGAUCUGAUCGGACUGUUCCGGUUUUAUAAUGGACCGCUAUGGCAUGCUUACCAGGUUCGUUCCCAAGCGGAGCUGAGCGAGGAAUGGAAUCUAUACCUAGAACACAUACAGAACACCUCAGACCUGCACAGGAUCUUCAACUCCCUCAGCCAUGUGGAUAAAACUAAAGUAGAUCCACUUCUCUUACUGAAAGCCGCCCUGAUCCUGCAGACAUGUCAGCGGUUUCCCCAUGUUCUCGCUGGCUGCAUCAUGUAUAACAAUCGAAUAGUGAGUACCCAGCUGCCUCCUGCGCUGACUUCCAGGGUUCUCUUUCAGACCCUUGUGCAAAAAUCACCCUCGAGCACCUUCCAGGGACAAGAUGCCUUAUUACCUCAGGAUGUCUACAUGAUCCCAGUGUUCGUCAUGGAAAAAGAAGCCACCGCACUUCGCCAGUACCCAGUUCAGUGGAUGACCAGAAUACCAAGUUCCUCAAGAAGAAGUUCAAGUAUUUCUAACAGCCUCAGCGAAGAAGCCCAAGUUAACCAGUCUCAUGUCUCAGAAGGGGAAUCCUUUGAUAAAGAGAAAAUUAAUGUUGAAUCUGCUUCAUUACUACUGGAAGAUGUUUCCCAGGAGUCAGCAGAAGAUGUCCGAGCUAAAAAUGACAGUAUUGCCUCAGAUGCUGAGCUUCUGGGAACCAUGAUACACGUUCCAAUGCAGAGCUCAUCUCUAUGUGAACCUACAAACACGCUUAAUACAGGUGGUGAAGACAAAAAAAUAAUUGUGAAAGAAUGCAGCAGCUCAGAUGAUGUGUUCAUAGACAGUCUGAAGAACUCAUCUCUAAUGACUUCUGAAGACCAAACGAAGCUGCUUGUGUCGAAACAAGACCUUCAAAGUGAAUGCGAACAUUUGUCUACAGGGAGUUUUGUUUCUUGCUAUUCUACAAAUGAGUUGGAGAAAGAGGAAUCUGUCAGCUCCUUUCUGGAGGAAAGCCAAGUCACCGUGAACAAGAAAGAUGAUUUAUUAACCAUGGAAGAGAAGUCUGGAGACCACCAUGUAGUUAAGAGUGCAGAGAGCAGACUGGAGAUGUUGCACAUUACAGAGGGUGACACGCAAGGUGAUGGGAAAGAUGCUGAAACUUCAGAGUCCUACGAGAGCACAAACACAGAAAAUGGUCAGUCGGACAAAUUUUGUAAUUUUACAGACUGGACAUUGACACUGAGCUCUAACCCGCCAAGCAGCAGCUCAAAACUCGUGCAGAUGGUCUUGUAUGUCCAUAACGUGAAAGGCUUAGUGCUGUCUCUCAUAGGGGAAAGUGAUUUUAAAUACAUUAAGGAGACCAUUCAAGAUGUGUAUGACAGCACACUGGCUUCUCUCAAUGGCUUAGAAGUUCAUCUGAAGGAGACUUUACCAGUAGACAAUAAUAAUUUAUCAAAGAGCACCUACAACUUUACCCACUAUGACUCUAUUCAGAACACACUUACUGCCAAUCUGCCAUCAGCGUCGAGCACAAGUGACCAGUUCCAAAGAGCUGCCAACCUAAUCCACUCCGACUUUAGCGUAUGCUCAACUUUACAGGAGAUGACUGUAAGGAACGCCUCUUCAUCUGUCUAUGGCUGUCAGAGUAUUGUCCAUGAAACUUACUUCCAGCAACUAAGUCCUCUCUACAGAAACUCUGGAGCCCCGGACCCACAGGAUACUGCCUUCAUGCUGCAUAGCAGAGCCAAGCAGAAGUUACUGAAACAUGGGCUCAACCUGCUUUAACAGUGCAGUCACCGAAGACAUCAGAUUGCAAUGAUAGGACCCUGCCCAAGACUGGAUAGCGGCAAUAACUACAUGGACCAUACUCUGUUAUGUAUCUAUGUCUGAAAUCUUCAAGCUGGUUUUCUAUUUUCCGCCAUAAAUGAAAGGGUGGUUA